AUGACUGUGGAAAUCGUCACUGUUGUGAACUCGUCGGGGAAGAUUAUUAGCAAUGGCAGACACUUAAUCAACGUCCUCAAAGAGGCGAGAGCUUCUUAUCAAGAAAAGAAAGCUGCUAUAAAAGCAGAACGCGCUGUUAGGCGUAGCGAGACCUUUGAUGUGGGACCACGGUAUUACGAUGGGAUUGAUUAUGAUGCUUCACCUCGCCGAGCAUCCCACGAUGACAACGCCUCCUUCGCCUCGUCUCGUAGGAGCUAUCGUUCAAAAACCCGCGAGGGGUCUAGAUUCCGGUCCAGUUCACGGCCGGGGCGGGCAUUGACGGAAAACAACCUCAAGACACUCAGCGAGGUUUCGUCUACGGCUCCUUCACGCCCUCCUGUUGCGUACCGCUCGCCAUACGCAGAGACCACUCCCCGGGACAUGAUGUUAAGUCGCCCAAGCCUAGCACAUGCACCAACAGCGCCUACCUACAUUGCUGAGCCAACACCGAUGCAUAUGGUACCUGUGUCCCGAUCACUCUCGGAUCCGGCCAUGAGGGGGAAGGGGAAGGAUAUUGAUAUGAACUUGGCAUACGGAGAUGUGCCUCCCGACUUGGGAGACAGGGAUGACUUGGAUCCUGUCGUUGAGCAACCUCCAGAACAGAAGGAGGAAAAGGCGAUGACUCUGAUAGAAAAAAUUGAGCAUCUACUGACGGAAGCUCAAUGCUUGCACCAUACGGCAACACAUAUCAUUCAGCAUUUGCAAACCAAUCCUGACGCGGCGGCGGCCGUCGCCCUCACCCUCGCCGAGCUUUCUGCGAUACUUGGAAAGAUGUCACCCUCUUUCCUUGCCGUCCUCAAAGGCGGAAGCCCUGCCAUAUUUGCGCUAUUAGCAAGCCCCCAGUUCCUAAUCGCGGCAGGAGUGACGGUAGGAGUAACGGUGGUUAUGUUUGGAGGCUGGAAGAUCGUCAAGCGAAUCACAGAGUCCAAAGAAACUGUUUCCCCGAUGGCCGUUGCAGCAAACCAGGGGCAGAUGGCCGAACCCCGCCAGGCUCCUUAUCCAGAGUCGGAGAUUAGUGAGGGCUUCGACGAGGCGCUGAUUCUCGAGGAAGAACUGAGUUCUAUCGAGACGUGGCGCCGGGGCAUUGUUCCGUUUGGUGAAGAUGAGGGGGCAGAUCUGGAGCUAAUCAGCCCUGAGGCCGAUCGUGCGAUGCGGAAUCAAUUCGGUGGGGAUGAUGCACGCACCGAGCGCAGUUCCCGAACUCAUCGGUCAUCAAAAACAACCAAGGCUACCAAGACCAGCAAGACCAAGACAGACAAGACGACAAAGACGGACAAGUCGCAGAAGGCGCACAAGAGCCGGAAAGAAAGCUCAGGUGACCAUAGUAAGGAGGUCGACGCUGCGAGUGAAGCGGGUAGCCAUCGUAGCCACCGCAGCACACGAAGUCAUCGGAGUGACAAGACAGACCGCACCUCCAAAACUAAGCAUUCCGAAAAAGUAACGCUGAAGUCGAUCGACGAAGGCCACGGCGACCGAGAUAACUCAACCAAUGCAGUACUCCGUCCGAAGAAGGACAACAUGCUCAAGUCUUUGUUCAAGAAGAAGAAGGACCGAGACGAGAAAGACCGGGCUUAUUCGGUAGUUGAAUAG